AUGAUAUAUGUGGCCAGGGGAUUCAGACUUGAGCAGGCCUUCAAGUCUGCCAUGGCUUAUGACAUAAAGACGGAUAAGGGGAUCAUGCUGCCUGACUUGGCAAAGGAGCGCUGUGAUUGCGAGGGAGCCUUUCAAUCAAGCAGAUUCCAUGUCAUUGGAGGGCGCGGGACCUCUUAUGAUGAUGAUGAUGAUGAUGAUGGGAACUAUGUCGAGAGCCAGGAGAUACUUGAUCCAGUUGGAUGGUGUUGGAACCCCGUUCAAGAGAACGGUUUACCAAUUAGCAUCGACGUUGCAACUAAUUGUGCAGUAGGCGGGAACAACACGGACGGAUCAUCCAUAUACAUGUGCAUGGUUGGCAAAGAAGUGGAUGGGCAAUUGCUUAUUGCUCGAGAGGGCAGUUCUGCGUGGCAGGAAGUCGCGAAGCUACCGUUUAAUAAUUUCACAGCAGAGGUCCUGGUAAGGUGGCAUGAUAAGAUGAUGAUGGUUGGGGCCGAGUGA